AUGGAAAUUGGCGAAGGAAGCAAGAGUGGACACCGGAGCCAGAAGCGGCUGAGCCGAGGAUCUGUUCGGAUCAGUCUCAUGGAAAGCGUUGAUAAUCUGUCAGAAGAAGGGAUUAAGACCCUUCGAACUGUGAAUCGAAAACGUCCAAAGCCAUUGGGCGAAAUCCCUUUCACUUCUUCGGCCAUCUUUGACAACACAUGUCCUCGAUACGACUGGCUUUGCUCCGGUUGGAUUGUUGAAGAGCGUUCCAAGCUGUCUGACCGACUCUACCGGUACUAUUACGAUCCGAUGGGGCGAGUGUACGAUGCCAGGUACAAAGUGGAGGAUUUGUGCCAAGACAUUGAGAAGAAUCGCGUUGUAAUCAUCCUCGGCGACUAA